AAUAGGACCAUAGCCUCUCUACAUUGAAGCCCACCUAAUAAGAGGCCACAUAAAUGCGUACUUCCGGUGGGAAGUGGUUAAAAAACCCUCACUUUUCAGUCACACUUAUGCUUCAACGGGAUGUUGAUGACAUUAUCAUGGGCUUAAUGUGCCCUUACCCAUGAUCAGGGGCAGACUGACAACUCAUGGGGCCCCCCGGGCAAUAGGGGAUCAUGGGGCCCCUGUGUCCUUGCCCAAACUCAAAAGAGCCUAUGAAAAAGGUACCAGGGGCAUCUCAUGGGGCCCCCUACUGACCCCGGGCCCUCGGGCAGUGCCCGAGUUCUCCAAAUGGUCAGUCCGCCCCUGC